AUGGAUGCGUUAGCUCAAAGCACGGAUGCCGGACAUCGUCUUCUCGCACGAUACCGCAGGACGCAGAACGACAAUGAUCUCGACCAAUCCAUAAAUCACUUCCAAUGCGCCUCAGAUCUCUGCCCUGUGGAUCAUCCCUACCGCCCUGCAGCAAUGUUCAAUCUAGCUACUGCGAAGUUCAUUAGUUGCCAAGCUAAUGGAAGAUACCUCGACCUCUACAUACCUAUCUCACUUUUUCAAGACGCACUUGUUUUGUAUCCCACCGGUCAUCCGGACCGACCCACCACCCAACUCCAUCUUGCCACUCGCUUCAAGCGUCGAGGCAAUGGCAAAGACUUGGAUGAGGCCAUCGCACUUCACACGGAAGCGCUGGCUUUGCUCCCGGUCGGUCACGCAGAUCGGUCGAUGUCGUUAAAUAACCUCGCUCUUCAAUUCUCCUCUCGCUUUGAGCACCGAGGCAACGACGAAGACGUGGAUCAGGCUAUCGCACUUUUCAGGGAAGCGCUGGCCUUGCGCCCGGUCGGUCACACAUGUCGGUCCGCGUCAUUAAAUAACCUCGCUCUUCAACUCUCCUCCCGCUUUGAGCACCGAGGCAACGAGGAAGACUUGGAUCAGGCUAUCGCACUUCACAUGGAAGCGCUGGCCUUGCACCCAGUUGGUCACACAAAUCGGUCCGGGUCACUACAUAACCUCGCUCUUCAACUCUCCUCCCGCUUUAAGCACCGAGGCAACGACGAAGACUUGGAUCAGGCUAUCGCACUUUUCAGGGAAGCGCUGUCCUUGCACCCAGUCGGUCACCCAAAUCGGUCCAUGUCAUUAAAUAACCUCGCUCUUCAACUCUCAUGCCGCUUUCAGCACCGAGGCAACGAUGAAGACUUGGAUCAGGCUAUUGAACUUCACAGGGAAGCGCUGACCUUGCUCCCGGUCGGUCACACAGAUAGGUCAAUGUCAUUAAAUAACCUAGCGACUCAACUCUCCACCCGCUUUGAGCACCGAAGCAAUAGAGAAGACCUCGAGGAGUCACGAGAGAACCUCCGUUCAGCAAAUUCCGUCCCUGGAGGCUUGCUAUCCCGCCUGCGAACAAGUCUGCUCUGGGUUGAUGAAGCUUCUCAAUAUUCACAUCCCGCUGAACUGGAGGCAUAUGCAACUUCCAUGCAACUUCUGGAUGCUUAUAUGUCUACAACAUCUUCCGUAUCGUCUCGUCACAAUAUCAUGAAGGACUUCCCACGUACCCUUGCCGUUGAUGCUGCAUGCUGUGCUCUUCGUAGUGGUGAUGUGUGUCGCGCUGUCGAGUUGUUGGAACAAGGCAGGACUAUCAUCUGGACCCAGAUGACACGACUCCGCACCCCUCUUGACAGUCUCCAGACUCACGGCGAUCAUGCAGUACCCCUGAUGAAGAGAUUCAGAGACCUCAGCUCCCUCCUCGAUAAACCUCCUGCGAACUAUUCGGAAGGAAACUCGAGAGUAGAUAGAGAAGCAGAGGAAAGUCGGUACAGACGUCUAGUGGCGGAGUGGAAUAGAGCUGUAGAAGAGAUCCGGAAGAUCGAAAGCUUCUCCCGCUUCCUCCUCCCCCCCUUAUUCUCUGACCUUCAAGAUGCAGCUCGUGAUGGGCCUAUCAUCGUGCUCAUCGCAAGCGAGGCUUCGUGUCACGCCAUUAUCAUCCCGCACAAGCAACCUCCAACUAGCAUUCAACUUCCUACCGAUUGGCAGAAACUCGUCAAAUUAGUACCAGAACUCCGAGAGGCAGCUCAAAAAGAGGCCGGUCCUAAAGGGAACCAAACAGCGCUGAUAAAAGCUUUGAGACAGUUGUGGGACGGUGUGGUCGGCUCGGUGGUCGAAAGUCUGGGCGGAAUCGCACGACCAGGUUCCCGAAUAUGGUGGUGCCCAACGUCUCUCUUCAAUUUCUUGCCAUUACAUGCUGCUGGCGAGUACAGGCCAAAGGGAAAAUCCCUUUCGCAGCAGUAUAUCUCUUCAUACACGCCAUCGCUCACCGCGCUGAUCAAGGCUCGCAGAAGUCAUGACAGGUCCUUGUCGGUGCCCUUCGUGGCCAUUGGCCAGGAUUUCCCAGCCGGUGCCUCAUUCACUUUGGAUGCUGUGGAACCUGAGCUGGAGUUGGUGCGGGGACUUUUGCCCCCUCCCCCUACUGUUUCCUUCUCCAAGGUUACCAGCGUGGAUGCCACGAGAUCGAGAGUAAUGUGUGCGUUGCGGGAAAAUACUUGGCUCCAUCUCGCAUGUCACGGGACACAGAAAGUUGACGAGCCCUUCAAAUCAGCCUUUCUUAUGCGCGACCUGCCGCUUUCACUCCUCGAUAUCACGCAAAUGGAUCUGUCUCGGCAUGAAUUUGCAUUUCUUUCUGCCUGUGAAACCGCCGUCGGUGUCUUUACAACACCCGACGAAGUGAUACACUUAGCGGCUGGCCUGCAAUUUGCCGGGGUUAACAGCGUCGUGGGGACGAUGUGGAAGGUCACCGACAGUACCGUGCAGCACUUAGUCAAGGCAUUCUACAAAAACUUAUGCGGGGAUGGUCCAAUGAAUUCCAAACGAGCUGCCUGGGCGCUGCACCGAGCGGUCCAGUCGUUGGCUUGUGAUGAAGACAUUAUAAUACCCUUGGACCAGCGCAUAGUGUUCGUGCAUAUUGGCAUAUGAUCAAUUCCCAUCCAGUCAUAGCCAUGCCCAAGGAGUUCGAUAUUGCAGAUUUUGAGACUGUAUACCUACAGGAUAUCUACACCUAAUUUGGACUCCAAUUUUUAUUUUACACUUUGUUGCCUCGCCGAAGCUAACUGAUCUGAAAAUGUACACUCAAUUCGUAUUGUACGCGUGUUCUGAUACAGAGUUUUACCGCUGGCAUACCCGGACCCCUACAAUGCUG